AUGGCUUCUUCAUCUGUAGGUGAGAUUGAUGCUUCAUCUGUGGGUGAGAUUGAUGCUUCAUCUGUGGGUGAGAUUGAUGCUUCAUCUGUGGGUGAGAUUGAUGCUUCAUCUGUGGGUGAGAUUGAUGCUUCAUCUGUGGGUGAGAUGGCUUCUUCAUCUGUAUCUGAGAUUGAUGCUUCAUCUGUGGGUGAGAUUGAUGCUUCAUCUGUGGGUGAGAUUGAUGCUUCAUCUGUGGGUGAGAUUGAUGCUUCAUCUGUGGGUGAGAUUGAUGUUUCAUCUGUGGGUGAGAUUGAUGCUUCCUCUGUGGGUGAGAUUGAUGCUCCCUCUGAAACUGUGAUUGUUGCUUCAUCUGUGAGUGAGAUUGAUGCUUCAUCUGUGGGUGAGAUUUAUGCUUCCUCUGUGGGUGAGAUUGAUGCUUCCUCUGAAACUGUGAUUGUUGCUUCAUCUGUGAGAGAGAUUGAUGCUUCAUCUGUGGGUGAGAUUGAUGCUUCAUCUAUGGGUGAGAUGGCUUCUUCAUCUGUAUCUGAGAUUGAUGCUUCAUCUGUGGGUGAGAUUGAUGCUUCAUUUGUGGGUGAGAGUGAUGCUUCCUCUGAAACUGUGAUUGUUGCUUCAUCUGUGGGUGAGAUUGAUGCUUCCUCUGUGGGUGAGAUUGAUGCUUCAUCUGUGGGUGAGAUUGAUGCUUCAUCUGUGGGUGAGAUUGAUGCUUCAUCUGAGCGUGAGAUUGAUGCUUCAUCUGUGGGUGAGAUUGAUGCUUCAUCUGUGGGUGAGAUUGCUGCUCCAUCUGAGCGUGAGGUUGAUGCUUCUCAUGUGGGUGAGAUUGAUGCUUCAUCUGUGGGUGAGAUUACUGCUCCAUCUGAGUGUGAGAUUGAUGCUUCUUAUGUGGGUGAGAUUGCUGCUCCUUCUGUGAGUGAGAUUGAUGCUUCAUCUGUGGCUGAGAUAUGUGAGUGA